ACUAGUAAAUUUUAUAAUGACAAACACAUCUUCGAUUCCAAUACCGAAUCGAAUGGCAAAGUAGCCAUUUUGAAGCUGUCAAAGUGAUUCUUGUCGUUUGAUUGUGUGUGCAGGAAACGCAGUUCGCAGCAUCCUGUACACAAAAUCGAAAAAAUGGCGACCGAUAGUGAGGAAUCUGACAUUGAUGAUCUUGAGACACCUGCCUUACCAAAACGACGGUGCACACAAUUUGUUAAAGUCAAUGAGACCGCCCGGGAAGAGGAUGAAAGUUCAAGUGAGGAGAAAGAAAUGUUUCAAGAUAUAGAAAACAUUACAUAUGAUGCAGACUAUCAUGCAAACGAAACGUUGUGUAGAUGGCAGACAAGUCAAGUGGCCGAUGGAUUUGUGGAUAACUUUAUUAAUCAAAUAACAGAGGACCGUACUAUCGAAGCAUCCUUUCCUUCAUUCUUGGAUGCAUGCAGAUAUCACUUGUACAAAAACAAUUUCUAUGAAGAUACUGCAGUUAUGAUGGCAACUUAUCAUCAUGGUCUGGUUCGAGCUGCAGGGGCUUGUCAUCUUUAUAGUGACAAAGCUCAAGCUUCCUGCCCGUCUAACGGUAUCGAAGGUGUUAGUACUUUUGAAAAUUCUAUAGCUACUACAUCUACAGACCCUGUGAAGCUGAACAAUUCAAGUAGCAUCGAAGCAUACAACGAUGAAUCGAUUAAAUUCUUAGAAAGAGCUGUGGCAGAAGCUAUUAAGAAAAAAGGGCUCAGUGCUCUCAGUAUUGACUAUGGUUGA